AUGACAAUGACAGAGGCACGCGAACACAGCACAGAAGAAAAGGUCUCAGCGGCAGAUCAUUUGGAGUCCGUCCAACUUGAAAAGGGCAGAGAUGACGGGGCUCCUGUGUUCGGCAUCGAUGAAGCUCAUCAGAAGAAAGUAAUGCGACGGGUUGACCUUCGUCUUCUGCCCAUACUAGGAAUCAUGUACUCAAUCUCCCUGAUCGACCGGACAAAUCUCGGGCUUGCCUUCGUGGCGGGAAUGGAGGAAGACCUUGGUCUCGACGUCGGCCAGAGGUAUACCAUCAUUGUCAUGGUAUUCUUCGUGGCAUACAUUGUCUUUGAAAUCCCAAGUAACAUCAUACUGCCGAAGGCCGGUGCUGCAAACUGGCUUGCAUUCCUCGGCAUCAGCUUUGGUGCUAUUUUGAUCGGUAUGGGCUUCACGUAUAGCUGGGCAACAAUGGCCGUUUGUCGGACGCUUCUAGGAAUAAUGGAAGCCGGUUUUCUUCCAGGAUGCACCUAUCUGAUCACAUGUUGGUAUAAACGGUUUGAAGUCGGGAAGAGGCUUGCGGCUUUCUGGCUGAUGUCGGUCGUUCUCAAUGCAUUCGCAGCCAUCUUUGCGUAUGCUUUGACUCUCUUGAAGGGAACCCAUGGUCUAAACGGGUGGAGAUGGAUCUUUAUAAUCGAAGGCGCGAUAACAAUGGGAGUUUGCAUGCUUGGGUGGUUCAUCAUCAUCGACUUCCCAACCAAGGCAGACGGCUUCUUAUCGCCUGAGGAGAAGCAAUUCGUGAUUGACCGCAUAAACCAUGACCGUGGAGACGCCGAGGAAGACCCAAUGACAGCGAAGCGCAUCAUGCAUCACCUCAAGGAUUGGAAAUUGUAUUUCUGGGCUUUCAACCUCAUGGCGUCAACACUUCCUGGCUAUGCAUUUAGCUAUUUUAAAACGAUCAUCAUGACUGGAAUGGGGUUUACAGGAAACCAGAGCCAACUGCUCAGCGCGCCGCCUUAUAUCCUAGCCGCCGCACUUACCUAUUUGUCGGGAUGGCUUACCGAUCGAUAUCAAAUCCGAGGGCCCGUCAUUGCUGUGCAUCAGUUGCUAACCGCCAUUGGGAUGAUCAUCACGGCGUACGGCAAGGCCAAUGGGGCAAGAUAUUUUGGGGUUUUCCUCGGCGUGGGAGCCUUGCAAUUUUGCAUACCAGGUGUCCUUGCGUAUCAAGCCAACAACAUCAGAUCCCACUCGAAGCGCGGGGUUGCAUCUGCUACCUGUUUGAUCGGUGGAGGACUUGGUGGGAUCAUCGCGAGUGUCUCGUUCAAGUCAAGCGAAAGUCCGUACUAUAUUACUGGCAUUUGGGUCACGUUUGGUAUCACGAUGGUCAGCAUAUGCUUGACCGUGAUCAUGGACAUUUAUUUCUGGAAAGUGAACAAGAAGGCGCGAGAGACGGGAGCCCGCAUCGAGGGCAUGGAAAACUGGUAUUAUACGCUUUAA